AUGGCAGAGGCAAAAGAUGAGAAGAAGAGAAAUCGCAUAAGUCCAUUUUCACCUGAAGCUCGUGUUCCUUUACCCAGUGAAAUCGAUGAAAAUUAUGGAACUACUGUAUGGAAACGAAAUGAAAGGGAACGACUACGUGUUCGUUGUGUGAACGACGGAUAUGAAAGACUGCGUGACCAUCUACCGCUUACCGAUAGCGAUCGUCGCAUUAGUAAGGUGGAUACUUUACGCUUGGCAAUACGAUACAUACGUCAUCUGGAAGCUCUACUGCAGAACUGCGACCAUUGGACCAAAUGUGACUGUUUCCAAACCUUUCAAACCGAGUCUGAGGAACGGGCCGAGCGUCUUCGCAGAAUCGAUCGCAGGAAGCGUGCGCUAGAUGCUAUGUCUUCAACUCCGUAAAGUGAUAGAAACUAAAUUCUUCCAUUAACUGUUCCAUCGUUUCAAAUUUUCUAAAAUCUG